CACCCGUGGGUCGUGUUUAUGUUGUUUGUUGUGCAACACGCCGGCCCCACAUUCCAAACGGAAUGACACCAUUGAGGGUUUCCCCCUUCAUCGAUGUGCUCACAGCUUGAGCCGUGCGACUGUUGUCAUUCAGUUUGGUGCCACAUAACGGACAGUGCGUGUUACAGCAGACGUGAACAGCGCGUGUUUUUUGUUGAUAUUCUUGACUUGCCAGUGUGACUGUGUAGGGUCGUGAUUUCAAAUUGGAUGGAUGGAUCUACCAUAGGCCUACCUAAUGGAGCAUUUAUAAUCUGAAUGUCUUUCUCUAAAAGCUGUAUAUAUCCCUGCGUUUUAGCAGUGAAGUGUUUAUUUUGUGUUUUAUGAAAAAAUUCUGUCGAUGACAUUUCAUUUCGUUGAACUAAAUGGACAAUUUUUUGUGGGAGUUAAAUUCAAUUUGGUUCAUUCAGUGAAUUCAGAGACACGUCAUAGGAAAAAAUAUUUUUUUUUUUGAGAUUUAAAAUUGUAUUUUCUCUGACCACUAGAUCACAACAAUCGUUUUGUGCGUAAAAAUUGAUUGACAGCAGCUAAUUACACGUAUAUCUUUUUGUUGGAUAUAUCAGUUUUCUUUUGUUCUGUUUGGAUAUCGUCAGGAAAAAAAUUGUUCCUCCUGGACAUUUGCUCUAACUCUCGAAAUGGCUCUUGUCCAUGGGUGAUCGUAGCCUCGCCCAGAGCACACCGGCCACAAUGAGAGGCGGGGUACUAGAGCCACUCGAGCCGGUCGACCGGGACAACUGCAUGCCGCUACAGGCGGUCAUCGUCAGAAACGGCAAGAUAUUCGUGGACAGCAUCGAUAGCCUGGACCACGGCGUCAAUGACGAGAAUCGGAGGCUGGAUGCCGAGGUCGUCGACGGAGGCCUUGACGACGACGACGUCUGUGAGAACCAUGGGCCAAGCGCAGAGGUUAACGGGAGCAUUGGAGGACGAGAGGAGGGCAUCAGCGACGAGAACCGGAGAAUGGAGGAGGAGAUUGACCGCCUGACUGGGGGAAACGAUGAUGACGACGACAUUGAUAGUUGCAAGUUCUCCCAGGAAGCCUUCGACUCGUUCAUGAGUGCCAGUGAAGAGAACGAGGACGAACUGGGAGACAUCAUGAUCUACAACCAGCUGGCCAACGGCAAGGAAACGGGCAUUGGCGGCAGCAUUUCGGUUAGGCAAGCGUAUCAGAGGCGCGGCCAGCAGAAUCACAUCCAUCAGUUCGAGCAGUAUGACUAUCACCCUCACCAGCAUUAUCACGAUAAUCACGAUGCGGAGGCCACCAGCGGCCCCUUUUACAACGGUGGCUUCUCGUUUCAUGAAGAAGGCAACUCCAGCGUGGCCGACCUUCACUCCAUCUACCUCCGGCACGGCCCUCCGGUCCACCUCAUGUACGACGUUCGGAACAUUUCCACCUACGAGACGAACGGUCAUGAGUUGGGGGAGAGCGUUGACCCCAGCGCCAGGAAUAGCAAGGCGGCUUGCCGUCGCAGAGACAGUUUAAACCUGGAAGAAUACUCGACCUUCGACGAGGACGUGGAGCGCCUGCUGAGUGAAGACUUAGACUGCUCGUGGCGUUAUGUCCCUUUAUACCCGGAAACUUAUUAUAGCUCAGGUCAAGAAGUUCAAAGAGUGAGUGUCAUCACAGAGCUGCCCAACCUUCUCCGAGACAACACGGUGGAAUGUAUGAGACGUGUGGUGCCCAAAGUCAGGGAAGUCCUUCAUGUGGCCAACAUCGACAUGCAGUUGGCCGCGGCCACCGCCUUCCUCCAGAUUUUGGAGCGACAGCUGGUUAGCGUGGAGGAUUACAAAAAGACAUUUUUACAGACCAUCCUGACCUCAGUGGACAAUAAGAACGAAGAAGUGGCCAAUGCUUGGCUGGAGACACUGCUGACUUGUAUUGAUCUCCUUCCUAAAGAUGUGGUGAAGAAAGACAUCCUAAAGGGAGAGAAUUACGUUUUGUCUAUAGCGGUCAACAAGGGUCAGUUGAGUCAGACACUUCAAGCCAGGCUGUCUUGUUGUAAAAUAUUGGGCAAAGUGUCUUCCAAGUUCGAAAAUUUUGUUGUGAAGAAUGAUGUCCUCCCUGUGGUCUUGUCUCUAUGUGGUGAUGUGGAAUAUGAUGUUCGAGCCUGUAUGUGCCAAAAGCUUGAUGUUGUGGCCCAUGGACUGGGACUGGAAUUGACCAAAGCUAAAUUGCUGCCCCAGUUGAUAGAAUUAUCAGAAGAUGAGUCUCCAAAUGUUACAUGUGCUUGUCUUGAAACUACUGCCAACAUCAUUUCAAUGUUAGACAGAGAAGCCAAUGUGAAUGCAAUCAUACCAAUGGUGAAAGAACUGUUGGAGAAAGCCAUCAGUAAAGUGGACACAACUCUUCCAGUAGCAUCAAAGUUGUUUGGUCGUUUAUGUCAUAGUCUAAUGGAUUACAUGACAGUUGAUGACAAGGCUUACUUCCAAGAAUAUUUCAAGAAACUCUGUAAAGUGGGUGUGUCUGAGAAAAAAUACAAGGAAGAUACACAAAAGUUAUUAGAAGGUUUUGAGAUGUAUGAACAGACAACAGACAUCAGUGUAGAGACUAGAAGAUAUGCAGCUUAUAAUUUCCCUGCCAUGGUGCUAUUUGUUGGAGCCAAAUUAUUUCGCUCAGAGCUUUAUGGAUGUUUCAGCCAGUUGUCUAGAGAUCCUCACAGUUUGGUGAGAAGAACUGUUGCAGCUGGUUUCCAUGAGGUUGCCAGAUUGUUAAAUACAAAUGUUGGUAUUCUCUUUACUGAACUGAAUUCUUUGCUGAAUGAUGCUGAUAUUGAGAUAUUGAAAGCGAUCAUUCCAAACUUUCAGGUGAUUAUGUCUCCUCUGGCUACUCUUGGCUUUGAUCAGUUUACAGAAAACAGGACACACGCUGUACAGGAUGUUGUGACCAACUACCUCAGAGCCGAGACAACUGUCUUCAGCUGCCCAUGUUGGAGGACCCAGGAAGCUAUGCUUGCCAAUCUGCAGACAACUCACUUGCUGUGCUCUAAUGAUUUUGUUUUUAACAGAGUCUUGCCAGUGCUAAUUGAUAAGCUCAAGUAUGGGAGAGCCCUCCCAGUCAGGGUGAUGGCAGCUAAAACAUUGACUACACUGACAAGACAUUUGAAGUACAAAUCACAGAGGGAUGAGAUACUAGACAUUAUGAUUGAAGACUUUCAUAAAAGUGAUAGUUGCUAUUGUCGGAGCCUAUUUAUAGACCUGGCUAAGUGUUACCUCCAAGUGAACUCAAAGCAGGCAUUCAAAGACAAUUUCUACGAGCUUAUACUUAACAUGAAAUCUGACAAAGUAGCAACAGUUAGGUUGAAAAUGUUGAGCAUCUUUCCAGACAUGAAGCGGAGUCUGAAAUUGCCCAAAGAUCAGAACCUUCGGACAGCUCUGGACACAGCAUUACGGCAAAUUAUAGUUUAUGAUAAAGACAAAGAUGUUCAGCAAGCUGCACAGCAGAUGUCUGAAGAAUUAACCCUUAUACAAGAAGGAAGUGACAACACAAGAGCCAAUAGAAGAAAUUUGUCUGCUGAGGAAGAGGACGAUUUGAAAAGGGAAGAUGAAGAGAAAGAAAUAUUAAUGCGAGAAGAGAAAGACAAAAAGGAUGAAGAAACAAAAUUAUCAAAGAGUGUAGAAAAAAGAAAUUCUGUAGGUAACAAAAAAGAGCUGCUCUCUAAAAUACCAGGCACUAAGAAAGCAUCAUCAAGUACUAUGAAACUGUCACCAGGUAGUUUGAAGGGAGAGAAUAACCAAAGUUUAUCCAAACGAGCACUCAUAACUACAGGGACAACAAAUACACUGACAUCUGCCAAAGUUGUGGCAGCUCUGACCAAUGAGAAACAUCCUUCUGUAUGUCUGAUAAAGUCUAAAUCUACCACCUGCAUUCCUUCCCUUAUACCACGUCUGGAGCACAGGCCAAGCACACCCCCUAAAAAGGAUCCAGUGCGUCGUAUCCCAGUACUAGUCAACUCCAAAACAGUUCCAUCCACCACUUCUCUUAGUCCCAGUGCAUCCUUCAGCAAAAAAUCCACAUCUCCGACACCUGUGAAAAGGAAUCAGUCGAACUCAUCACCUCUCACACCCAAUGCACUGGGAGCCUCUACAGCUAGGCGAGGUUCCACCACAGCUAUUGGCGCUAGUGUUGUUAGUGCAAGAAGAGGCUCUGUGGGCAGUGCCAGCAGUACUGCUAGUGAUCAAUCUGUGAAAGUGAAAGCUGGCACAACUCCUACCAAGCCAGUGACUAUGGCUACCAGACUCACCAAGAAAUCCACAAAGUGAAAUGUUGGACUUCAAUUCUCCACUCUACCAGACUUGCUCAUUGUUCAACCAAUAGUGUAACAUUGUGAGAAAGAUCAUCAGUUCCUUUUGCUAAACUCUCAUGAUUCUAUAGCUCUUUCAUUCUUGUUUUCUUUCUUUCUUUCUUUCCAGUGCUUAAGUCUAUACUCAUUGCAGCGCAGUGCAGUAUUAGUAACAUUUAUGGUACACCAAUAUUAUACUAUGUAUUGUUUACAUUGAUUUCUUAUAUGUAACCCUGGCAAGUGGUAUUUAACAGUAACCCCUGCUAGUGGUUCUGCUUUGUAUAAUGGAUGUUUGUUUUUUUAUAGCAAGAAAUGUGAAACUAUAUGAAUGGCUAGUUUUAAAUUAUAGCUAAUUCUUCUCAUCUAGUGACAGCUGUUUAUCGUCAUCAUCAUCGUUCGUGUCUGUUUGAGAGGGUGAGGUUACUCAUAUUGUUUCCAUGCAGGUCAACGGGUUCCACCCAUCUGUCAAAUCAGAAAUCAGGAUUUGGCAAGUUGGGAAUGAAGCAGGACAUUUUGGUGCAACCGUUUUGGUGCAAAAUGUUUUCGCCUUAUUAAUGAUGUUCAUUUAUUCUGUAUUUAAAAAAAAAAAAAGAUACAUAUCUAUGUUUUGUAUGUGUGUUGGUGUUCAUGUAAUGAGCAAUUGUUAUUUUUGUCUAUUAGAUUUAGGAUUGAAGUUUGUGGUGUACAUAUUAUGUAAGUAAUAUUACAUUGAGUUUGUGGGUUUUAAUAUUGUCCAAAAACCAAAUGAAUCACUGAUACAAUUCCUUUUUUCAUGUAAAAAUGAUUUUAUUUAAUUUAUAAUAUCACCAAGUCAAAUAAGAAAACUCGUGAAUUUCAGACUGUCCAUUGUGCACACCUGAACUAGAAUUUAUUAGGGGCAUGGGAGGGAAGCAUGUCAAAAUUGUGGUUUCAGGUAGAAGGCAGAUUUUUUUUUAUAGAUUGUUUUUCCAUGUUUUGGAUGCUCCUUCAGAAUUGAAGAUAAUUACAUCCUAACCCAAACAUCCCACAGAACCUUGGGAAGGGGGGGGGGGGAUGGCAGCAGACAGAGUUCAAAGCUGUAACCAUCAAGAUGACGUUCAGAGAACAUACCUUGACCGGGCAGUCACAUGAAAUAGUUAAAAUUCUUUUGGGAGAGAAUGUAUAGUAUAGUGAAUCAAAUGUUUUAUUUUUAAAUGUUUUGUGUUUUAUAAAUUAUCGGCAGAACUUUGUGCACCAAAACGGAAUACGCCAAAAAAAACAUCUGCACCUAACUGUCACAUAGCAAGUUUGGUACAUGAAAAAAAAAGACUAUGAACUAUGCAAAAUAGGAACCAAUAGAGUGAAUAGCCCAUCAUGCACUGGGCUAUAAGAGCUUGCACAGUCCUCAUUAGUCUGCACCACAGGGCCCACUCAGACUCAUGGAGAUUUUUUUUAAUCCCAACAUUCAAAGCACAUCUCAUCCUCCAACUUUUGGCUGAUCAUUUGGGCAUGAUUAAAGUUACAAAGAUAGCUGAGUGUUUGGCUGUUCAUAGUAGAUUUUUUUUUUACUUUGAUUAAGGAUGUUUUUAAGUUCACCCAGUUAUAAUGGGUGCCUAACUUAAUUUUAGGACAACUAAAUAAAAGAUCUUUUUUAUCAUUGUAUUGACUACAUGAUAGCCUUGUUAGCUCUAUACAACAGAAGCAAUUGAACUUGAAGUCUCAAAUUGUGAAUUAAAUGUCAGAAAUGUGUUUUCCCACCAAUAAGUCCUCCCAGAACUUAAAGAUGGUAUAAUUUUUUAAUUUGUCAGACAUCCAGGUUGAGACAGUUUUGUUUUCUUGUUUUUUUUUAUUAUUAUUUGAAAAUUUGGCUCUCAGCAUCUCAGAUGGGUCAAUUGCUUUAGACAGAGCUCAGUUCAACUUUUUAUACACAGGCUAAUUUAGAAUUGGCUGUAGCUCAAUUUGAUAGGUUUUAUCCUUGCAGUAGCAAUAAUUUAUCACUCGAAAUGUUGUAUGGUCUGUGUCUUGAUCUUGUCCACUUGUCAUGACAAUGAACAGUUUGAAUAUUGGUACAUGAAUGUUUCUUGAUGACCUUGUUUCAGAUAAAGAUAUAAAUAUUAGAGAAUAUAAUCUAUAUAUAUUUGAUUGUUACUAUUUAUAGUACAUGCAACACAGUGUUUGUACAAAGUCUAAAUGUGAUAGAAAUGUAAUCAUCCAAUACCAGAGAUGUUGGUGGCCCAUUACAUUGGUCAGUUAUACAAAUGUUGACUAUGGCAUACAGUUUUUGUUGUUCCCAGUUAGUUUUACUGUUGAUUUGUAUCUUCAAUUUUUUUUUUUUUUUUUUUUUUUUAGCUUUUUCAUUUGUUUUUCUUUGAGUGGUUUUGGGAGAAUCUGUAUUUGUGUAGCUGUUGUAUUUUGUAUGGCUUAAGAGUGUGUUUGAUUUAGUUCCCUAAGAGUUGGCAGCUGUUAGUCACAUGACAGAAUCUCUUAGAUUGAUGUAUCAAUAAACUCCACAUAUCAGUCCAGAGUUCAGUAUGUCUGUAAUUGAAAUAUUUUUUUUCUGUGAUUAUUUUUUUAACAACGUUUUUGUCAUGUUAGUCUCAUAUUAAAAUCUACAUGAGAAAGAAUUCUUCAGAACUCUUUUUAGAUGUAUAGUUUUGUUAAUAAAAAGAAAACUAUUUUUUUAUACAAAUAUCACAGUUGAUAGUAUUCAAUUUCAAUCUUUUUAACCUGACAUUUAAAUAAGUCCUUUGAUCCUGUAAUGAGAAAAUGUUUUGUUUGCAUAAGCCAUUUGUAGUCAGAAAAAUGUCUGCUUGACAACUUGUGAUGUUUCAAAUUUUAUGUUUAUCCACAUUCCAUUGAAUAAUUCCAUUUCAAACAUUUGGCUGAACUAAUUUUCCAUUAACAAUUAUAUUUAUAUACUAUAUUGUGUUCUGUGUUGUCCCAAGUCAUUGGUCUCUUGUCAUACUGUAGUGUGUUCUGUGUUGCCCCAAUUCAUUGGUUUCUUUUUGCUCUUAUAAAAACUCAAAGCAAGUAUUCAAAUUAUUACCGUCCAUGUUUAUUAACGUCCUUCAUUUUUUUCUGCUAUUAUUUUUUAGAAUGAUUUUGUACUGACAUCCAAUCCAACAUUGUAGAUUAGAAGCAACAAUUCCAGUCUACCUCUGUUAUGUCCAGUGUUAGUGUUUUUUUUUACAUGCAUAGAAUGUAGUGAAAAUGUUUGACAGAAGAAGAAAUCUAAAAAAAACCUAUCUGAUAUAUCUAAAUAUUGCUGCUUUUGUAAUAUUAGAAAGUGAUAAAUUCUUUAUUGUUUUUGAGAAAACACCCAAUGAAUGUUUUCAUCGUGUUCAUUUAACCCUAGAACUAAAUUCUAUUCAACAUCACAUGGUGGCUGCUAAGUGGCAUUUUUUUGGGUUUACCAACGACCAAAGAUUGGAACUUGUAUUUGUAAUAGCAGAACACAUUUCUAUUCUAUCUUCUUUCAAAGGAGAAAUGUAAGGCUUGAUGGAGAAUCAUGGGAUAAGUCUAUUUUGUUUAGGUUUAUAUUUCAAUGUGAGGAUCUGGUUAAAAGCUAAAUUAUGUAGCAGCAACCUAGAUGUUUUCAUAUUAUAGUGAUCUUGUGAAUGUAGCAUCAAUACAACUUGCUAAAUGUUUUUCAUUAAUUUUUAUAUUCAGUGAAAUAACUAAACAAUUAUGUCAUUUUUAUAUAGGUGUUAAAACAAUGACUAAAUCAUUCGUUGGUAUGUAGAUGCUUCAAACAACUGACUUCUUGGUGUGUAGAUGAUGUGCUUGUAAGUUUUCUUGUCACUAACAUUUUCUUUUUCAUUUUAUAACAUUUUGUGUACACUAUACUAUUAGGAAUAUUUCUAUUGAAUUAAAUCAUUAAGAUACUAAUUAUGAAUCUGAUGUUUAAACUCUUGCCAUAUGUUUGAUAUAGUAAGAAUUUUUUUUUUGAAAUUUAAAUGAUUUUUCUGAAUUUAAGAUCUGUAUGAAGUUCCACUCUUUCAAUGUAUAAGUAUUUUGUCAUACUUGUACUAAAAGUCAUAGAAACAUUUUUUGUUUGUUUGCUUAUUUCAACACUUGUGUAUAAUGAACAACCCUGAGAUUACAACUUGUAGCUUAGCUUUAGUGAACACAUGUAGCCAAUGUAAAGACUUGACAUUUCUGUACAUAUUGUAAUCACAAAGCUAGCUGUUACAAAGUGUAUUUGAUUGACUUGGACUGACAGUUUUGGUGUGAAUGUUUCUAAAAUAACAUACUUUACAAGUUUCAUUAUUAGUCAAUAAAUUUUGCAUCUGUGACCAAAA